AUGCGUCGCAUGCUAAACCCGCUUGUCCGGCACAGGCGCAGAUGUGAUCGGAAGAGUCCCUGUGAUCGAUGCACCAGACUCGGGGCUGCUGCUAGCUGUGUAUAUGCACCUUUCCAGAAGACGAGGCCCGAGUCAGCCCCGAGGCCGAUCAGGGCAGUGGACUCUGAUGCUACACGAGAACUAGCAGUUGGUUCUGAUGACGAGGCCCCGCCUCUAAGGAGUAAUGUUUUGUCGGAUGAGUACCUACGCGCUCUGUAUUUACCGGCGAUUCGACGAGCUGCCGACCAGGGAGUUAUUCGGCCGUCAGGUGCGUGCAGAUGUUCCAAGUCUCCAGCUACUGGUAGCCGAGAUAUCAAGACGGUGCUGACCAAUAUCCUAGAAAGCAUUCUUUUACAUGAUUCAUGGCUUUCACUGAGCAAUAUGAAUGUGCCGGUUAAUGCCAGCGGGGCUGAGCAACAAGGCGCAACUCACCGGGGGUCUUCAACUUUACACCACACAGAGAAAAAGCUCGAUAGCGGUAACGAGCCUGUUCCCUACCAUAGCAUAUUCGGAUUCCCAUUAUGA